AAUAUUAAUAUAUUCACAGAUAUCAGUUAUCACAUCAGUAUUAAGACAGGAGAUGUCCCAGGAGCCAGCUCUGAUUCGAAGGUUUUGAUCAAGCUGUACGGUGAGAAAGCAGACACCAAAAAGGAAUUUCUGCUGGUUUCUGAUAACGACUUAGGAAAUUACUUUGAACGUAGCCGGAUAGAUAUUUUUACUCUGGAUACAAUGGACAUUGGGAAGAUCCAUCGAAUUCUAAUCGGGCAUGACAACGUGGGCCUCCAAGCGGGCUGGCACCUUGGUAGCGUUCAGAUUAUCAUUCCUGUCCAUGGCAAGAUGUACAACUUCCCAUGCAACCGAUGGCUUGACAAAAACGAAGCUGAUGGGAAGGUAGAAAUCAUGACUUACCCCAGCGAAAUCAUGGAGAUUGAGAAAU